AUGGAGCUCGACCCCGAGAUGCGGGAGUGGUUACGGGGCGAGACUGUCGCCCUGGUGCGGGCCGGCAUCCUCAACAUGCCCGAGGCCUGGAUGAGGGAGUAUGCCGACCAGCCUGAGGCCUUGAUGAGGGAGUACGCCGACCAGCCCGAGGUCGAGGUCAAGGAACGGAAGCACCCCUGCCGCAACUGUCUCUCCCUCUCGCACAAGACGUCCAGCUGCGGCGAGUGCUGCGCCCACUGCGGCCAGGACUGGCACAUCAUCGACGCCUGCACGAGCUCCAAGCGCAACCGCUGUCGCUGCCGCCCGUUCCCGCAGACGCACCUCGUCAAGCGGUGCCCCAUCAUGUGCAACCCGGCCGAGUGCCCCGCCCCGCACGCCGGGCCCCUCAUCACCGCCAUGAUGUGCAAGGCCCGCUGCUGCAUGUGCGGCCUCCUCGGCCACGCCGGCCGGGACUGCCACCUCAAGGCGUGCCGCUGCGGCGGCCACCACCUGACCGUCGACCACAUGCCCAUGGACCGCCAGUGCGCCGUCGUCGACUGCCCGCGCUUCUUCUGCACGAAGCACUGCCAGGCCUGCCGCGCCGACGUGCCCAAGCGAAAGGGAACCAGCGACGACGUCUGCCAGCAGUGCCAUGCCAAACGCCAACGCUGGUUCCCCCCGCCAAAGGCACGAGUGAACGACGACGGCGAGCCCAACUACGAGUACCUGGAGGCAACUCUGGCGUGGGGCAACAGCAUACACGGCCAGGCCAUCUUCGGCAAAAAGGUCGAGUUCAAGCCAUAA